AUGACGGUGUAUCAGUCGAAUCGACUCCGUAAGGACGGAGCCUUGAUGGGUCUUGAUGUGGGUGUUGGAGGGCAAGUCCUAGAUCUGGAAACCGCCGUCAAAGACGGCAUUCUCGGAGGCGGCGGAGGAAUCGGAGUCGGCGGCGGUUGUGGGUUAAUUAGCACGGCCACGACAGAGAAAUUAGAUCUGAAGAAAAUGAUUGAAGAGCUGGAAGGGUCAAUAGUGGGGUUGGGCGGGUUCGGUUAUCUGAUGUGA